UCGCUCUCACCCAUACACGCGCCGCCGCCGUCACCGACUCCGAGCGCACCGCACCGCACCGCGCAUCGCGCAUCCCAGCACGGCACGUGCCUAGUCCGCGUCGGCAUCCUCCACCCACCACCCCGUCCGCCCUCCUCCCCUCCACACACUCCAUCGCACACACCAACCGACCGACUCCACUAUCUCCACUCACUCGUUCUCCUUCCUCCUCACCACCUCCAGUACCAUGGCCUGGCUCUUCUCGUCCCUCUACGACUGGCUCUCGUCGCUCUUCUUCGCCAAGCAUGUGGAGAUCACCAUCGUCGGGCUGCAGGCGAGCGGCAAGACGUCCCUCGUCAACGUCCUCGGCUCGGGACAGUGGUCCGAGGAGGUCGUGCCGACCGUCGCGUUCAACCUGCGGCAGGUGCGCAAGGGCAACGUGACGAUGAAGGUGUGGGAUGUUGCGGGCCAGCCAAAGUUCCGCGGCAUGUGGGACAGGUACUGCCGCGGCGCGAACGCGAUAGUCUACGUUGUCGACGCUGCGGACGUGAGUGCUAACGAAGAAAUAAGCUCACGCCAGGCCGCAUCCCUCCCUACCGCCACUUCGGAACUCCACGCGCUCCUUGCCCUGCCUACCCUUGCUGGCGUACCCCUGCUCGUCCUGGCUAACAAGAGCGAUAUUGACGGUGCGCUUGGCGUUGACGACAUGAUCCGCGAGAUGCGUCUUGCGGACAUUAGGGGUCGUGUUGUCUCGUGCUACUCGACGAGCAACAAGACCAAGCACAACCUCGACAUUGUUCUCGAGUGGCUUACCCGCCGCGCGCAAUAGGCGCCGAGCCCAGCCCACGAUUCACGGCCUUCGGGCCGACCAACCCCUUCUCGUCAUAUUGCCGGCUACCCACGCCCGCCCCGCACGCACCAUUGUUCAUCCACUCGCCAUAGCACCUGCCGACUCGCACGGACAGCGCCGCCCACGCCAGCCACGCACACGCACAGCGUGUUGUAACAGAUACACCAUAGCCGCAUGCG